AUGAUUUCUCCCGAGAUUAAACAAACGAAAUACAUUCAAAAUGGGUUUAGCGAUAUAGCAGAUGGAUCUCUUUUUAAGAAUGAUCCAUUUGACCUAGAUCGAUCGAUGCUAAUAGGAAAUGGGCAAUAUUUAACAUCGGUUCAAUUGGCUAAUGAGCAUAAAGAUGAUAAUAAUGAGAACAUUGAGUCGUUUUCUUUUGAUGAUGAUGAGCAACUGCAUUCUAAAGACUCUGGGGAACUCGAUUCUCCGCAAUACGAUUUUAAUUUUUUAUCUUCGGAUGAGGAUGACACCCACCUUAACUCAGAUUAUGAGGAGUUAUUGAACCCUUUCAAUCAUAUGGACGGCUCAUUGGGUAGAAAUGGAUCUACUACCAAAAAAAAAAGAGAUGCCAACGAGUUACUCGAAUCUCAGGAUAUUAAGACUAUAAAUAAACGACAAGCUAGGGUAAGGGGAGUAGUAGCAAGGAGAGUAGCUAUCAGAAGGGCUAGAAUAGCUAAAGCUAAACGAGUUCAAGCUGCACUAAAACGCAGAGCAUUAUUAGCUCAAAAAAAAAAGAUAGCCUUAAGGAAGAGACAGCAAAUUAGAAAACGUAAAUUACAAGCACAAGCCAAAAAGAAGAAACAAAUACAACUGAAAAAUCUGCAAAUUAGGAAACGCAAAUUGGCCGCUCUUAAAGCGCGGAAACUACAAGCUGUUAGGAAACGAAACAUGAUUAGACGCAGAAAAAUAAAUAAUAGGAAUAGACAACUUAGGAUACAGAGAAAUCGUAGGAUAAGAAAUAAAAGAGAUAAAACUUCUAACAAGGAUAAACCAACUCAGGUAAAGGAUGGUACAGUGGCAAAAGCAAUUAUUCCUGUUCUAAAGAUUUCAACUUAA